GACAAACGGAUGGCUCAACAGAUCAUCAGUAAACUGAUGCUGCAUGAUGCAUCACCGCUGUUCAAUGAACCUGUAGACACUACUCUGAUACCCGACUAUCGUAAGAUUGUGCGAACGCCAAUGGACCUUCGGACGAUCAACGAAAAGCUCGAGUCGGGCAAAUACACGAGUGUUUACCAAAUGGAUGUCGAUAUCCGAUUGGUGUUUUCUAAUUGUUUUGCGUACAACAGUUCUGGAACGUAUGCUUAUGAACAA